UCUGUUGCGUUGAGAGAACGCGAUUCGUGUUUAUGAAUCCGUUACCAUGACAGCGGAUUUAAAUCCAGGAGACUCUGGAGUGUGUAAAUACAUGGCAAUAUAUUGUCGAUUUUGUUAUUUUGUAUAUUUUAUGUAACUACAUAUCUUAUGAGAGUAAAAUGACGGAAGCAACCAAAUCUGAUGUGCAAAUCAUUUUGAACAUAAAAGAAGGAAAGGGUUUUGAACAAGUUUUACAACCAACAUUAUUAAUUGGAACUUUAAAUGGACACUCCUUAGAAACUGAUAGAAUCGAGUCGUGUCCAGCUCCACAAUAUGCCACAGACUUAGUUUGGGAAACAAAUAAAAUAAUGCUGAGAAGAAUGCGAUCAGAGCAAGCCUCAUUAAAAUUAGAAUGCUUUGCUUUUAAAGAGAACGAAGAAGGUAGAGAGAAACUCGGAUACAUUCUACUUAACAUACGUUCUGCACAAGUAAUAUCUAAAUGUGGAGAUUUGAGCCCAAAAGCAAGUUGGCACAAGUUACUGGGAUUACGAAGUGACCUUAAAAUACAAAAGCCUGAGUUACUUCUUGCAUUAAGAGUUGAAGAUCGAAAGGGUGUAAAUUUAAAUCCAACAGCAGAGAGAUGUCCAGAGGUUGAAUCUCAUAGAAAUCCUAGCGGGGAUUUUGGAAAGUCUAGUUUCAGGAAUGUUUCUAGUGAAAUAAAAUGUCCAAUAGAAUAUAAAAAUGCAAAUAAGCAAUCUGUUGAUUGUCAACACUCAAAACAUCAAACGGAGUCUAAAGUUACAUGUUCGCGCUCGUGUGAUGGAAUGCUAUACAACGUUAAUAAAAAUCAUAUCAGAGAUGUAGGAUCUUAUCACUGUUAUUGUUUACGCAUUUCACUUGAGGCAAUAUCAUUAGUAUCUGAGAUGUUAUCUGGACGAGAAAUUGAAUUUCGAUUUCACCAUCCAAAAACUGAAGUUAUGUCAACAGCAUAUGCAACAAUGCCAGUUUUACCAAAUGAAAAAGUUAAAUUGCAAGAUGUUGUAUGCCAAUUUUACUUUAUAUCCACACCAAAUGAAAUAAAACAAUUAUUACAAUCUUUUCCACCAAAAAUCAGUAUAUGCGAUACAAAUCGAGAUGAUGAAUUGUCACUAUUAAUGCUUGAUGUAAAACCGUUAUUAUAUCAAGAAAAGUCCGAAUGUCAGUAUAAAUUAUCUCUGUUCAAUACAGAUCGUAACAAAAUUGCUGAUAUGGAUAUUAUACUCAAAUUAGAAGAUCGUGGACCGCAUUAUAUAUUAAAGAAAGAAGCUAUCGAUAAAAAUCUUGGCCCACCAAUAUUGGACGAUAGCUUAGCAUAUAAAAUAGUAGACGAGCUUGAAACUUGGAAGGAACGUCAAAAGGAAAUGUUUAAAGUCGAGCUCAAAAGAAAAGAAGGACGACAUUUGAACAUGCUGAGUGAGGAAUGGCGAAUACAGAAGGAAAAUCUAGAAUCAAAGCUUGCAUACAGUGUCGAACAAUGUAAAACAUUGGCCAACAGUUUAAACAACGCUACUGAAGAUUUACGAAAGCGUAGAUUAAAAAGCCUAGAAAAUGAGACCAGAUUAAUAAAAGCAAAUGAGGACUUGCAAUGGAGAUAUGAAACCAAGUUACAAGAACUCAAAGAUUUAUUGCAUGCAACACAAAGCGAUCUUACAUCAAAGAUUGCCAAACUUGAGGAGAAGAAAACUGCUUUAGAGGCACAAAUCGAAAUAUUAUCGUAUGAAAAUGAGAAUAUGAAAUCGUCGAUAAGUAAACAAAUGAAUGAAUUACAAAUGUAUCAAAAAGCAUCAUUAACUCAGGAUCAAACAGCGUCUUUAUUGCAAGAAGUAAAAAUUCUCGAGGAAAAAUUAGAUAACGCUCAGAAGGGAAAAGAAUUUUUUAGAGAGCAAUGGAGCAAAGCGGUUCGCGAAUUACAUAGAAUGAAAGUGGAUUAUCAACAAGCUAUGCAAGUUCAAAUCAAGAACAGUAGGGAAGAACUGAUGAGUACAGACAUUGCGGAAAUUUUGUCUACAGACAGAAAAGCAUUGAACAACGAUCAACUUUUGCUGCAAGAGCUUCAGAAAGAAAUAGAUGUGAUCAAGCCAAAACAAUCUUCUGCAAAAGAAACCUACAAUCAAAUAUUUACGACACCUGAUGACAUCUGUUACGACGUUCACUGUAAUAAUAGUAAAAUCGUUGACAAUAAACCAGAAUACAACGAACGAUUGCAGGCGCUCAAGGAGGAACGUGAUUCUCUCUUAAGGACCGGGAAUUACACAGACGACGACGUAGUGAUUAAAAAACUUAACGCAGAGAUUCGAUCCUUACUGACAAGCAGGUAGCGAAUUUAUUUUCUGCUUGUUUUCUCCGAUUAACAUUGGAUUUUCAUAUAAGAAAGGGAAGGCAUCCAAUCUCGAAAUCAAAAUAUAUGACAUGU